AUGAACCCCCGUUACCCUCUCAGAUCCCAACGUUCCACGAUCCCCAGCAUUGAACCGAUGCUACCUGGAUCAUUAGCUGAGUCCCCAUUAACUGAACCGGAUACUCACAACAAAACACCCACCCCGUCGCCAAUUGCGAGAUCAUUCUCGCGUAUUGGCGACUCCAUGCUCAGACCCGUCCGCUCGUACAGCGAUGUGGUACGUAUGAGGUCCGAAUCGCCCCAGCCCAGAACUGGAGGACGAUCGGCUAGCGUUGAUAGCACUACAAAUAGUUACUGUGAGCAGACCAAUGUGCUGCAUGAAUUAAACGACGAACCUAGGGAGAACCCGUUCGUAACUACAAGUGAAUCCUCAGCCGAAUCUGAGAAUAGAACCAGCUGGAGAACGAUUAAGAAACAUCCCAGCAAGUCCCGAAAGACCACAAAGGCAAGGCCUAAGAAAAUUAGCCUGCCCAAGCCUGACUUAGUAAAAGAGGCGGAAAACCAACUUACUGAGGAAGAUAAACAGUGUAUCUACAAUAGGAAGCACGCUGAGGAAGUAGCUCAUGACGAUGAGCAUACAUCAUCCUCCCAUGAAGAAGGACCCUCCAAAGGGAAGGGCGUUGACCCAAGGAAUUGGGGCAAUGUCGAUCUAGAUGAACCCGAGUUAGAUCCCGAAGCCCAGAGAGACGCGUUGGCGACCUGGGCUAAGUCCAAAACCUGGGCCAACGAACGGACCGGUCAACAGACCGAGUCGGACAGCGAGCAGAAUGGCCCAACAUUCAGUGUGCCCACCGAGCAACAGAUAAUGAAGUACUAUGAGCAAAAGAUUCGCUUGUUAGAGGAACGACUCAAGAAAGCGGAGGUACCCACCAGACCCUCCAGAAACAAACCCACGGUCAGGAUCACCAAAAGAUCCACUAACCAUCACCCUGUACGGGAGAUGGUUGAAAGGGUGACCGGCUGGUCAUCUAAAAAGCAGGGACGAAGGGAAACCCCCCCGGCUAUGGAUGCCGCAGCCCAGAUAGCUCCCAAGAGCUAUCUGGGGCGAGCGUUUAAUAAAAUAAACGUCAGAAAGGGGAAAGAAACCAUACCUAGCUAUCUACUUGAGAGUGAAUCCACGGAGACGUCAUCUGAACAGUCGUCAGACGCGCGAUCCACAACAACGACCGCCUCCAGUGAGAGCAAAGGCAGUCCGUCAAGCUCCUCGGACGAGUCCUCAGGGAAAGCGUCUAAAAACCGCCAUAAGAACAAUAAACGCAAAACCAAAAAGAAAACUACCUUAAAACCAAUACCCCCAAGGGAAUAUGAUGGGUCGGUUGAUCUUAGGGCGUUCCACCGAUUCAUAACAGAAGGAACUGCGUAUGUAGAGGAUGGCAACGUACCUCGUAAGCGACAAGUAUUCAUCCUGUCGCACUAUCUGCAAGGAAAGGCACAUGAAUUCUAUUUGAGGCAAGUGUCAGACCAACCGGGCAAAUGGAGAAUAAAGGAGUUCUUCACCGAAUUGUUUGACUACUGUUUCCCCCUGGAUUUCCGAACAAAACAACGAAAGAAGUUGUAUCGCUGUUACCAAGGAGACAAACGCGUUCGCGAUUAUCUGUCAGAAUUAAACGAACUAUGGAUGACCAUAGGAGACACACUGGAAAGAGAAAAGGUCGUAAAGUUCUGGUUCGGGCUGAACAACAAUAUUCAGAACGAGCUAUACAAAAUGCACCUUAACCCGGAGGUAUCUACUCUACAUGAGGUACAGCAGACGGCCGAAAUCAUUGAGCUAGCUGAAUCGGCAGUGACGAAUGGCAAAAGCCACGAUGAGGGAUCCAAAUCAACUAAAAGGGGGACUAAAGACCCUAAAGGUCGCCAACAGAACCAGCCGGGGGGAGAAAACACCCACCAAGGGCAAUGCCCCAAGCGGACAAAUGUGCCUUCCGGUCGAAGGGAUAGACCCCCUGGCGUGCCCAAUUACGCCGUGCACAUUGAGACACCCCAAAGGGACGAGGACGACGGCACUGAGUUGAUAAGCGAGAUCCCAUUGUGUGGCAUUGUGUUAGGAUACGACGACCCCAAGCAAUCUAUACAACGCACCUGGGGUAUAGUAGAUGAGCCUCUAGGCGACCCAACCGCUCGUUGGGUGGAACAGGUACUGAGACAAAGUGUCCCGUAUCCCGGCGAUGACCUGACCAAUGAUGAGACAUUUUCGUCAGAAAGAUUCCUGAUCUAUCGGGUGUCGGAAACUCACCAUGUCAUAAUGGAUCAAGGAUCCCAUCUCAGGGAGGAUAUCGAAAUCCCAUCGUCCCUACUGGCAAAACCAGAGUUUUUCGUCAGUGAUUGGUAUCGGCGAGUACCCACGGGGGACUCUAUCCCUGACCGUGUAGUGUCACUACUGAAUGCCGAAACCCAGUUCCCAGGGGAACCGGGCAAGGAUCGGUUCCAAUGUCAGCGCUUGCACCAGGGAACUGAAAUCACCUACAAGGUUUACGACCAAGAAUUAAACUUCUGCGUAGAAGCUUGUGAAUCGCUUUUCCACAAUGAGAAGCUAAGUCUGACUCACUGGUAUGCAAGGCAGCUACUCAAGGGCUAUCAACAACUCAACAAAUUAAUGUUGAGAAAGGAACUCGAGUGGGAGAACAAUCACUUCCGGCUGCUAGAGGCGGGCGAACUCAGCCCAUUGGAUUGUGCAUUAGAGGACGUAGUCCACCAACUCUUCGCCAUACCCGGCAUGCGUUUCGAGCAAACAAUGCAUCAGUACCGGCUGGUCGAACUAAAUGGGCAGCAGGUAGCCCUGGGGAAGUACCCAGCGAUUCAGCGAAAUGCGGCUGUAACUCGAGACUUUAGGCGUUUGAUACCUAAACCAGUGGUAGUAAUGGCUCACAUAAAUGGUUGCCCCAUAAGGGUGCUCAUAGACACCGGCUCCUUGGCCGAUUUCAUGUCAUCUACCUUAGCAGAUCAGUUGAAGAUCAAACAUAUCCAACUGGAAAAACCCCUUACCAUUCAGCUAGCCGUGCAAGGCUCCAGGUCCAAGGUUAACUUUGGGGCCAAGGCCCAGUUCGCUUAUCAGCGAAUCAAGGAAGAGCGCUUCUUUGACAUAAUCAACUUACAGAAUUAUGACCUGAUCCUGGGCACCCCGUUCUUGUUCCAACACCAAGUGUCGAACACAAAAAAGUUGUCCUCACCUUUGCCAGACAUAGACGGCAUACUGAGGCGGGUUGCCCGCAAGCGCUACCGGUCAAUCAUUGACGGACAGGAUGCCUACGAGCAAAUACAGAUCAUACCUGAACACGUCGAACGCUCCACGGUAACGACACCGGAUGGAAACAUGAUCCUGGGUUGUGUGAUUGACGAUGAGGGUAUUUGCAUGGACCCCGCUAAGGUGGACAAAAUCUUGGCCUGGAAGACACCUACGAACCGGGAUGCCCUGAGGAGCUUUCUGGGAGCAGUAGGGUUCCUCGCGGAUGAUAUCUAUAAUGUUAGGGUUCCUCGCGGAUGA